UAUUUGCCUUGUUCAUUCUCGACAGUUAAACUUGCUGGGUUUUUACUGUAUAUGAAGAUUCGGUUUAUCAUCUUCUUCGUCUCGUCUAAUCUGAUAUAGAUACAGAGAUCGAUGCUUAGCAAUUUGGUUAGUUGGGGUGCUGAUAUGGGUAAUAGUACAGGGAUCUAGGGAUCUUAAGAGGGCCCUUUUAGUUUUCUUGCAAAAAAAGGGCCCUUUUUGGAGCAUAAAAGCUGUAGAAAUUUCACUUUUUUUGGGAGAAGAAGAGUAGGAGGAGGAUGAAAGAGCUGGUGGGUAGUCCAGGAAGUGUGAGUGGAUUGUUUUUAAGGCUUGGCCAAUGUUUAUUUGCAGUUGGAUCAAUUGUAGUCAUGGUUUCUGCUUCUGGGUUCUCUAAUUACACUGCUUUUUGCUAUUUAAUUGCAUCAAUGGGGCUUCAAGUAUUGUGGAGCUUUGGACUUGCAUGUCUUGAUGUGUAUGCUUUGAGGAUAAAACAAGAUCUUCAAAAUCCAGUCUUAGUGAGCCUUUUUGUUGUUGGAGACUGGGUGACGGCAACCUUAUCACUAGCAGCUGCAUGCUCGUCAGCGGGAAUUGCUGUUUUGUAUUCCAAAGAUUUACACUUUUGCAGUAGUUCAUCGCAUCUUCCAUGUGGCAGAUUUGAGCUUUCUGUUGUCUUUGCAUUCAUAACGUGGUUUCUUAUAGCCAUUUCUUCCCAUGUGAUGUUUUGGAUCCUUGCCACAGUUUAACAUUGGUUGCCCUCAGAAGAUUAUUCCAGUCAUCUUGACCUCCAAGCACCGAUCACGUGUAUGUGACUAUCUUCCUCAGCACUGUCAUCAUAGAAUUUCUUCUGAACUGAUUGAUUUCUGGGAACAUUUGGGGUUAACAAUCGAACUCUAGUGAGUUCCAUUUCAUUCGAGUGUAUAUUUUAGUGUUCAGCUACAUUCAGGUUCUGAAAAUCUUGAUGGUUUCAGUUUAUCCAUGAUCUGGACAUUUGAAAAUCAAAAGUUUAAUAGCAUUCGACACUGCAAAAGCACCUUUGUACUUUUU